AUGAGGUUCCUGUGGUCUGAUGUCGUACACCACCUUUUCAUCGCCAAGAACACUGUCCUGCUGUGGCGUGGUUGUUGGAAGGGCAGCCCGCUGUCGAGGUGUCUCCUUUCAGAAAAGAACAUUGCUUAUCUGGCCUCUGCCUUGACCUCACACUCCUCCCGCCUCACACAGCUGAAACUGUAUGAUGUCUCUAUACCUGAUGAAUCUGCUGCUGAGAAGCUGCGAGCUCUGGAGAAUGAUCCACACUGCCAGAUGAAGUUCUACAGCUGUGUCCCUCAUCCUGAUGACCCAUCUAAGUGGCGGCUGAGUCUGAUCUGCAGAGUUCUGGAGGACUCAGAAGUGACGACACCGUCUGCUUUCCACCAACAGCAGAGUCAAGAGAUGGAGCACUACAGCUGUGACCCUGAUGGCCCAUGUAAGAGGUGGCUGCUACUGAGUUGCAGAGUUCUGGAGGACUCAGAAGUGACGACUCCAUCGGCUCACCCUCAACAGCAGAGUCAAGAAGUCUCUGAUGACAACUUCCUGAAGGAGAAUCAAGCAGCAGAUACAUUAGCCACCGCUAGCAGCUCCCACUCCUCAGAUGCCACAGUGAUGUACCUCACAAACAGUAGCCAGCAGCAUACAGGAGCACAGCUGCCCUCUGUCAGUGGAGGGUGUGUGUACACUGUGAGCUCUGCUGCAGGGAGCCAUGAGUGCUCAGAGUCCGGUCUGCGCUGGUUGUGUGCUGGUCCAGUCACCCUGCAGUACCGCAUCAGCAAGGAGGAGUUGUUCUCGGCCCAGCUGCAGAUGUUAGAGUACCGACCCGCGGUUCCUCUGAUGGAAAUCAAGCUUCUGUCAGGAGAGCUGGAGGAAGUCUACCUGCCCCACUCCCUCUGCCUGGGUGGCUCUGACCCAGCUAAGCUAGGAGACGCAGUCAGGGCCCUGCAUGGCGACAACAGCAGCAUUUCCCUGGAGACAUGUGAACUGAGGCGUUUCCAUGGCAGGCUCUCAGCACGGCAUUUUUCUCUGUGGCAGUUCGUAGUAUGGUUGGGUUUCCCAGUGAGGGACCACUGUGAGGUGCUGGUCUAUAAGCACAAGCCUCAACCGCUGGUCUUGCACAUCUACGUUCUGCCCUUGCGCUCCUCAGCCAAGCAGGGGAAGCAGGAGAAGUAUGAACGAAGUCAAGCCAUUCUCAAGCUACCCGACACCAUCUCACUCUUGAUGGGCUCCACACUCCAGCUGUGCACCUCCUGCCCGUCUGUAGUUAGCUCAGAGGUGCCGUUCACCUGCUACACCGCCCACGCCUCCUUUGAGGUGCAUGUGGAGGAGCUUCCUAAGGAAUUCGAUAUGGAGCUCCAAAGCACUAAGGAGAACAAACCCAUUUGGAAAGUCACAAUGUGGCAGGAUACGGACUACCCUGAAACUCUACAACACACCGACUCACAGAGCAGAGUUAAAAAGUCCCAAACAGACAUGACGGAGCAGCAGCAGAUGGAGGUGGCCAAGCUCAUGGGUGGGGAGUGGAAGCAGGUGGGCAUCCUCUACCUGGGACUCUCCAUACAGGAGCUGGACAAGAUCCAGGAGUCGGAGCGAGAUGCGACCAUGCAGCGCUUCCGCAUGCUGAGCCAAUGGAUGAGGCAGCACAAGGGCAAAGCUGGAAUCUCAGAGCUGCACCGCUGUCUGAAUCAGCAUGACGUACCCAAUGGUGUCAGAGACUGUCUGGAAAGUAUGUUGAAGGGCACCAGCGGCAAAUGAGUUUACAGGACGGAUGGAAGAAAGGUAUCCAUCAAAACCAACUGAACUUUGUGUCAGUGAUGGAAAAACGUCCAAUGGGAUCAAACAGCAACAACCAAAGCAGACCAGUGUGUCUUCUGAGUUGUUUAGGGUGUGUGUGUGUGUG